AUGCUAGCAGAACCAGUAGUAGAAUUCGAGCAAAGCGAUGGCGAACAGGGUAUCAAAGAUGAUGAUGGCGCGGCGCUCGAUGCUUCUGCGACCGAUCUUGGAAACGAACAGCGCGCCUACGAGGAAAUUAGAGCCCUCCUGGACGCCACGAGCGCCACGGCGAGCGCUUUAGUUUGUACCCGCGACGCGAAGGAAGGUCAAGAAGGUUCCGUUUCGCCAGGCGGCGGUAGGGCCGGGUCCGGGAUAGCGUUAAGCGGAACUUUUAGCGACCCGCAGUUGGCGCUGCAGCAGCUCCAGUGGCUGGAACGCGCGUCGUGCGCUCUCACCAAGUUCCUUCCCCUUCUAGCUACGAGCAUACGGGACGGCGCUACUGCUAACAGCGCCGCGAGCACCAGCGCCAAGGCGCUUCAGAAGGCCGUCACGGAGCAGGCAGCAGCAACUGCCGGCUCGCCGGGAUUCGUUGCACAGAUGCUUUCUGCCAUGUCGGAGCCGAAAGGCGCCGUGGAGGGAGCAGACGCUUCGGACGAGCCGGCGUCGCAGCAGCAGCAGCAGCAGCGGAAGAUUGCUGAAGAGGAGGAGGAUGCGGCUGCGUUGUUCCAGAGCCUGCAGCGCGACAUUGGCAUGGUGCCAGGGGAUGAGGGCAGCGACUCCACCGUGCUACAGCCGCUACGGCCGUUGUCGCAAUCGCUGCCACCAGGUCACAUUCUUGACAUAGCUAUUCCGGAAGGUGCGCCACCGGUGGAGUUUGAAUACACUGGAGACAAUUGCAUCAGUGCAGCACCAGUGGAACUUGGUGCUGCUGCUUCAAUGGCUGCAGCAUAUGCGUUCCCCAUCGGCUCUGCUACUUCCCUGGCCGACAAAGAUAAUCUCAAUGCGGCAAGGCCUCUCUCGUUUCGCCAGGACAUGGCUGAUCACAACAGCAUGCGCAUGGAUAAGGGACCUGGGCUCCCUGCUGCUGCGCUGCUCGACAGCGUGCCAUACGCCCUGCUCGCCGGAAACUCUGGAUCCCUGCUUGGGUCUGCUAUCCAGAAUUUCACUGUUCCGUAUCUGGUGCUGGAACGCUCUCAGCCUGAGCUCCCCCAUGUGACGUCUACUGCAGUGGCGACGUCGCUGCUUGCACACCUGGCUGAGUCCCAUCCGUCCAGCCCCGCAUCAGAGACCUCUUCUGCGCCUGUUGUCGAACCUGCUGCCUUGCUUCCUCGCUACAAAGGACCCCACUAUAAGGGAGUUCGCCAGAGAAGGUGGGGACGCUGGGUUGCUGAGAUUCGCGAGCCACGCAGGCGUAGCCGCAUUUGGUUGGGUAGCUAUGAUGAGCCUGAGGAUGCAGCCCGAGCAUAUGACACGGCUGCUCGACUCUUGAGGGGCAAAAAGGCCCGACUUAACUUCCCUGCAAGCAACGCUUCUGCACCGCUUCCACAUGCUGCCGCAGAAGCGGUGCUCCGCGCUUUGAGGAGGAUGCAAGAGACGCAGGAAAAGCCCAAGUCUCCAGCGCAAGCCCCCGCCAGGCCUACCGGCGUCCCGCGACAGGCGGGUGCGACAUCUGACGCGCGCGCUGGUCGCCGCCGAUCGUUCGACGGACAGAUUGACCGGGUGAAGAACCCCGCCAUUGGGGGCGGCGGCGGCACGGGCGCCGUCGGCUCGCCUGUGUGGGCGGCGGAAUGCGGGGAUCUGUAUGGCAGCGAGGAGGGCGACCACGUGCCGAUCACGUGGCAUGGCGACGACGAUGAUGUGAACGCACCAGCAGGCGGCGAUGAAUUCACCUCCGCCGGCAGCGUCGAGGCCUUGCAAGCAAAGGCGCGCGCGCCGCCGCCCACUGGUAGGGGCUCCGCGCAUGCGAACAGGGCCUCCGCGAGUCGGUCCGCCCCGCGCGCGCAAAGGGGCGCGGUAGAGCAGCAAGAGACGGCGUGGCUUCCGCCUCGCGCGGCGAAAAAGCCGCCGCGUUUGGAGGACGAGGAUGAGGAUGGCGCAGGGAGCGACAGCGGCGGUAGCGGUGGCGGCGGUAUGGUGGUUCGGCGUCAUACCGUGGGCGUGGACGGCCGGGAGAGGCGGGCUGCGAGUACGGGCAGGGCGAGAACGGCGCGGAGCGGAAUUGGCAUGCCGGAUGACGUGGCGUUGAGGAAUAACGCGCAAUCGACGUCGCGGAAUGCGGGUGUUGUGGCGGCGAUGGUUGCGGGGGAGGAGGAAGGGGAGGACGACGGGGAGGAGGCGGAAUGGAGCAGUCCCGAGCGCACUCUGCGCCGAUCGACCACUGUUGACAGCGCGGCGCGCCGUCGCCCCGCGGGGGGCUGGAAAGGGAAAGGCGGGAAGAUUCCGCCCGCGCCGGAAUCCGGCGGGUCCCCGUCCUUUGGAAGUGUGCGUGCGGGGGCUGCGCACGCGCGGACGGGCUCCGCGGGGAGCGUGGGGCACGGAGGCAGUUUGGACUGGGACGCGGAAGACCAGCGCGCGCCGCCGCCGCAGACGCAGGCGCAACGUCUAUGGGCGGAAGGCGGAGAGGGAGAUCAGCAGUGGAUGCAGCGGCAGCCUCCGCAAUGCAUCAAGGCGGCGCUGCGCGCACGGGUGGUCGGGCGACUCGGCGGCAAUUCCGCAAGCGGCGCUGCCGGCGCCGCUGGUGGAAGGCCGUUUUUACCCGCGGGCGGCGCGCUACCUCCCCAUGUUCCGCCGAACUGGGCGGCGGGUCCAUAUCCCCCUUCCUCCUCCGCCACCACUAGCUUCAUCCCCCCCCACCUUCUGCCAUCCCGCCCCUCCGCGAACUCCGCCCGCUCGAUUUCCGCUCCGCCCGCCCGCCCAUUCGCUCCGCCCGCUGCCCCGGGUCCGGGGGUGCAAGCGGAGGAGGACGCGCAGCAGCUUCCGCCGCCCCCGCGCCUACUGCGCACGCUCUCGUCGCUCUCCUCCUCCUCCGCGCGCUCCUCCUGCUCCCACGUUUCCACCAGCUCCGCCCCCGCCGGGCCUGUUGCGCUGUCCGCCCUCCGCGCGCGCGCGGAGGCUGCGGGGAGCAAGCAGAGGCGGGGAGCGGGCGCGGGGAGACCAGCGGGUGGAGCGGGGGAGGGGCAAAAGGAGAGCAGCGGGAGGGGGAAGCCCGGGCCAGGGUCAACACGGGGGAAGGUGGCGGAGAGAGUAGCAGUUGGGAAUGGCGUGCAGCGAGUGUACUUAAACUGA